AUGGGUCUCGACAAUGGGUUCGGAGUUAUCAAAACCCAAAUCCUUGCCACCCAACCAACUCUGGGUCUCAGGACAGCCUAUCAUCUCGUUGUAGAAGAUGAACGACAAAAGCUGAUAACCGAAGAUAAGAAGCCUACUGUGGAAGCCGCCGCCUUUAAGGCUUUUGUUCCUCCAAAACGUGACAACUUUUUCUCCUCACAACAGAAAUCGAAGACCUAUUCGAAAAUAGCAAAACAAGAAGAAGAGGUACAACAUUGCACUCAUUGUGAUCGGGAUGGACAUAAUCGAGAAGGUUGCUUCAAACGGAUUGGUUACCCUGAGUGGUGGCUAGGGAAAGCGAAGGGAGACAAGACAAAGCCGAGGGCCUCCUGCGUUGAGAGUGGUUCAAUUCCCAUUCCCGGACUCACUACGGAGCAAUACAAUCUCUUCUUGAAACACUUUGAAUGUGGAACCAACACAGGUGAUGAAGGGAACAAACGAGUAGCCAACAUGACAGGUAGAAUUGAUAAUAAGGAUGAUUGGAUUGUUGAUUCGGGGGCUACCGAUCACACAACCUAUCUAAGUAAUAUCCUUGUUAACAAAAGAAAAGACCCUCUUGGAAUGCCCGUGGUUAUCCCUAAGGGAGAUACCAUCCCGGUUGAGGGUAAGGGUGAUUAUACUCUACCGGGAGGCACAAGAUCGAGGGGUCUCUGUUCGAGGAACUUGAUUGGUGCGGGUAAGUGCAAGGGAGGUAUAUACCGAAUGGGGAUGUUUGAGGAAGAAAGGAAAGCUAUGACAGUCACUGUUGAAAGAUGGCAUAAGAGGUUGGGUCACACAUCGCAAGAAAAGCUAGCUAAAGUUGAUUUUCUCAAAGGUGUUUCCUUUAAUCUUAGAAAUAGUUUUAAUAAAAGCAUCAAAAGAAUAAGAUGUGACAAUGGUGGGGAAUUCACGUCAAAUCUCAUGUUGAACUUUUACACCAAGCAAGGCAUUUUGUUAGAAACCACGUAUCCUCACACGCCUCAACAAAAUGGGGUUGUUGAGCGUAAGCACCGACAUUUACUCGACACGACUCGAGCUCUGCAUUUUGAAGCCAAUUUGCCAAAAAGGUUUUGGGGGGAAUGCGUUCUUACCGCUGCGUACAUCAUCAACCGAUUACCCUCUAAAACUCUUGGUGAUAAAACUCCAUAUGAAUUAUUAUACAACCAAAAACCCAAAUAUGAUCACAUGAGGGUCUUUGGUUGUCUAACUUAUUUUUGGAGUAUCGAAACAAAGGGUGACAAGUUCGAAGUAAGGGGGAGACCCGGAAUUUUUCUAGGUUAUCCUCAAGGGACAAAAGGCUACAAAAUAUUUGAUAUUGAAAGCAAGAAAAUGGUGGUGUCACGAGAUGUGAAGUUCCAUGAAAGCACUUUUACCUUCCCAGCUCAAACUCAAGCUUCCAAUGAUCCUAAUGUCUUUGUUCCCAUACAAGCUCAAGACGUUGAAGGCCAAAAUCAUGAGCAAAAUCACAAGGUGGAAGAUGAUGGGCCUAACUCUAGCCCACCGAACUUGGAUGGGCACAUGAUGGAGAACGAUGGAAGUAGGCCAGACACAAUCCAUGAAGAGAUACCUCCUCAAAAUCUCGAAACACACACUGAUCUGGGAAACUCUCGACCAAAGAGGGACCGAACACAACCUAAACGCCUAAAUGAUUUCAUUGUUGAUCUUCCCCCUUCGGUUGACCAUGCACAUACCGCAUCAACUUAA